AAUUCAGAAGCAUAAUAAAGAUUUCACACGCUUUAAGCUUGUGUACUUCCAGCCAAAAACUGAGAUGUUGGCUAACUUUUUGUUCCAAAAUACUGCAUGGUGUACCUGUGAUAUGAUGGAAUUAACUGCAAAUUAAGCAAUACAGUCUGCAAUGAAGGAAAAGCUAAGUUUCAUUUCUGACCCAUUAACUCCUACACACACACACACACACACACACGGUUGACUGCUUUAAUAACGUUGGUGUCUGUCAUGGUCAUCUCUCUAUUAUGCAUUGAACAGGGAAAGCAAAACAAAGCCAACAGCAGCAGCUCUGAGUUUAACAUAUGUUUUUUAAGAUGAGGACUUUGCUAUUUACUUUAGACUUCAUUAUAGUGUUAAGCACUACACUGCAGACAGUGAUUAUUUCUGCAGUCUUUCUCCCUGCAGUUUUAUAUUAGAGUAACUAGCACUGUCAUUUCUAUAGGAAAAAUAAAAUGUAAGAACAUUUCAGACACCUGAGGGUCUUCUUGUGACCACUGCUGACCACUUAACAUUAUAUUUCUAAAAUGACAGUAAAUCAACGCUUAUUAUGAUUUUCAAAAGCGCUUUGUUUGACUGGUCUUUACCACAGUGCUGGCUUGUGUUGCUGCGUGGUUUUGUUCAUGCUUUUAAAUCCUAGAUGUAUCAUAGUUGUCGGGCAUCUGCGGUUAUCCUGUGUUACAGAUUGCUGUCUAUAAAGCAAUCCGUGAAAGAACAGACACCACAGGUGUGCAAAUCUGAGGGUAGUGCAUAUAUGGAUUAAAGACAAAAAAUGGCAGUUUAAAAAAAAAAGUACUUGUAGGUAUUUGAUGUGGCACAGUGUUUCCUCUGCCCAUAUCACUUACUGCUUUGUAUUUGUUUUUGUCUGUAGCCCAUCCAUAUCAGCUUUUCAGCCUUAAAACCCAAUCAGCUGGCAUGACAGCUCGCAGUGAGAUUCGCUUCUUGAAGCAGCAUGAGGGUGAAUCUGUCGUUCUUCCCUGUGAGAUUGAACAGAGGGACCCAGCGCCCUGGGGAGUCUACCUGAAACGCACCUGGCUGAAUAAUAAAGACGUGCUGUUUAAAUACACCAAGGAAGAUUUUACAGUUGGCAAUUCUGCUGACAAAAGCCGCAUUAGUGUCAGUGGAGACCCGAGCUUUCAUUCUCUGAAUAUCACGAUCUCUCAGCUGAAGGCCAACGACACAGACCGCUACUACUGCGAGUUUGUCGUGGAAAAUCCGUCCUCUGCAGAUGAAAAGAUACCCUCAAAGACCGAAUACUUCCUCCUUGUUGGUGCUGAUGUCCCUGAGUCAGUGGACACUUAUCCAGAGCACGUGAUAGAGAGAUGUGCUGGGGGUUCAGCGGUACUCCCCUGCCUCCCCGAACGUGGGGAAGGCUUGGCCGUGGAGGGGGUGAUUCUAAAGAGGCAGAAGGGUCGGGGACCUGUAGAGCAGCUGUACAACUCAAAGCAGCACCACAGCGGCAGCCGUUCUUCCUCCUCCUCUCAGUUCCCUGUUGAGAGGGUCCAGUUGUCCUCUGCGCCCAGCCCCGGUGGCAUCGCCUACAACCUCACCCUGCAGCAGCUGCAGCCAGACGACAGUGCUUUGUACAGCUGCCAGCUGCUUCUGCACGGUCAACCCGAUAGCAGCACCAGCCUAGGGAGACGUGUAUUCUUUAUUUCUGUACAAGGUGGUCAUUGGUGCGGUUGCUCCAGUUACUCCUCUCUGCUGUACGUUUUGUCAUCAGCUGUGGGCGUUCUCCUCCUCCUCCUGCUCCUCACUGGAUGUGUGUUAUGUAAAGGCAAAGCACGCCACAAAGCACGCCGCAAUGCGAAGUCACAUAGUCCAGCGCCUAUCUACGAGGAGAUGAAGUCUCCCAGUCAAAAAGAGGCCCCUCUCCGUCUUAAGGAAAUGGGGUGCUCCGAGUACAGAGACAGCCCAGCGAAGAGAUCCUCGUCAGAGAACCACUAUGAAACUCCAAGAACAGCUCUCAACAGCGUCAGAAUCUAGAGCGACUUGUCAACUCAGCUUUUCAAGACACUCGCAACUCCAGUUAGCACACAGAAGAAAAUGUUGCAGUUGGACAUUUGUGCAUGAACUUGGGUGGUGGGGGUCAGUUCACUUUCCGGUUUGGCGUAAAUAUUUUUCUGGCUAUGUGCAUCUUUUGUAAUAUUUUAUUGAUCUGCUGUAAUAAAAUCCAUCUUGAAAUUCAA